AUGGCGACGUCUGUAGCCGGAGAGGGACAAGCAAGUCUAAAUGGGAUUAUUUCCGACUUUCAAACCAAAAAACUGACCGACCUGCCGACCGAGUUGCUCGAACACAUCCUGUGCUUCCCUGUCCUCAAACAUGUCGACAUUUGUAACGUUUCCUGUUGCUGCAAGCGGCUACACGACGUUUGCCACGGAAGGGGGAAGGUCUGGGGACACCAGUACAAACUCAGAUGGCCGAGGCUGCAGAGGUUUUACCGUCAGAAUGAGUGCUGUGACUGGCUCAGAGAGUACAAAACACGCCACAGAGUCGGUAUACAAAUACGAAGGACUGUGGAAUCCAUUUCUAAAAGAUUCUUCACUGAAGUCCCUUGCGUUGGCCAGGUGCUGGGAGACAGCUUUGCAGAGAUCGAGUCGCUUGGGAUGCCGGAGCACUUCUGUGAAGACGAGCUCCUCUUCAUACUCAACUCUGACAAGAGGAAAAGCUUGACCCUGAAGUACUAUGCAAAGAAAAUCCUCUACUUCCUGAGACAGCAGAACAUCCUGAAGAGUUUGAAGACCUUCCUGGAGCAGCCUGCAGAGCAACAGUCUGCUUUAGAGGGUGCUGUACUGGUGGAUAAGUACUGCAACCCACUGGCUGAUGUAACGCUGAACAGCAUAUCAGCCCAGCUGGAUGAGAUUGCAGAAAAAGUGAAGAAAAUGCUGAGAAUGAAGAACCCCUCUCACCCCAGCCUGCGUGUCGCUCAAGGUGACUGUUUUGUCGUAGAGGACUUCGAGCUCCAGAGGCAGGUGGUGUGUGCCAUAAACUCUGUCUUGUAUGAGCAGCUUCAAUACAAGGGCAACGAGUUUGACUACUACAACCCUCUGAACUCUUACAUCCACCAGGUGCUACUACGCCGUACUGGCAUUCCAAUUAGCCUCUCUGUCCUCUACAUGACAUUAGCCCGGAGGCUGGGUGUUCAGCUGCAACCUGUCAACUUUCCCAAUCACUUCCUGCUGCGCUGGUGCCAAAAACCGAGGGGGAGUGAGGACAUCUAUGACUUUGUCUACAUCGACGCCUUUGGUAAAGGCAAGCAGCUAACAGCCAAGGAGUGCGAGUACCUCAUUGGCCACCAGGUGACGGCAGAUUACUACAGUGCCAUCAGCACCACCGAGGUGCUGCUCAGGAUGGUGGGAAAUCUGCUCAACAUCGGCAAAAGAGGGGAGGGUAAUGAGAAAUCCUACCAGCUGCUGAGAGACUCACUGGACCUCUACCUCACUAUCAACCCAGAUAAUGUGCAGUACCUGCUACUGCAGGCACGCCUCUACUUCCACCUGGGCAUCUGGCCAGAAAAGGUGCUAGACAUCCUGCAGCACAUUCAGGCAUUGGAUCCCUCCCAGCAUGGGGCAGUGGGCUACCUGGUGCAGCACACGCUGGAGCACAUCCAGCACAAGAAACAUCCGGUCACACCUGAGGUGAAGAAGCGUAGCGCUCCGGAACACCUGGAGGUCCAGUAUUCAGUCGGCCUCAUCAUGAAACACAAGAGGUCGGGUUAUAACUGUGUGAUCUACGGCUGGGACCCAAAGUGCACCAUGAGUCAGGAGUGGAUCACCACCAUGAGGGUCCACCAGCUGUCCAAUGGGGCCAACCAGCCGUUCUACAACGUCCUCGUGCAGGACGGCACAUGUCGCUACGCAGCUCAGGAGAACUUGGAGCCCCACUCAGCCCCCCUGGAGAUCGGCCACCCAGAGGUGGGACGCUACUUCUCCGAGUUUGCCGACACCCAUUAUGCUGCCAACGAAGAACUACAGACGCGAUAUCCGGAGGAUAUGGAUGAAACUUUGGGCUCGGUGCAGGAGCUUUACCACAGACUGCCCCCUGGCUCUGACAACCAGGACCAGGCUCCUGCCACAGACCAAAACAACCACCAAGCCAUGCCCAUGUAGCAAAGUAGCCGUGUCCGACACCCUGCUGACCCCGGCUAACCAAUCACUGGUCACCCAUUCUCAAUUCACAAUCCGCUGAGCUCAGGGGUUCUCAAAGUGUGGCCCGCAGGCCAGUGGAGGCCCUCAGACACACGUAACAUGACAUGAAAAGCAUGCAUUAUGUUUUAAAUCAUUCCGUUUCAGUGCUUCAACUUUCAAUAGCCGACAUUUGAUACGACUCUUGGCCACUGUGUCAAACUGCUCCCCCCCCAACAAGCUUCUGUCAGGUUAGGAAUGCAUGGCAACUAGUGGCGCCUCACAAGUGUUGCAGGAAUUAUGUGACUCAUCAGUGGUAGCGCCGUAUUUUGGCAGACAACUCUGCAGUUUAAUGUGGAAGUGAGAAUGAAUGAAUCAACUCUUACUUUGUCACACCUCAGGGGACAGAUAAAAUGAUCUGCCUUGUCUGCAGACAGGUGAUUUCCGUGUUCAAGGAUUUUUCUUGUCACAAAUGGUGAGACAACAGGUUGACGGGUUUUCCUGCGUGGCCCUUAAUCACACGCUGGCUCCCUAAUUUGACACUCAGUCAUCAAAACUUUGAGAACCCCUGAUCAGCUGUUGCUUUGUUGCACACACUCAAGACCAGGACAUAUGUAAUGGAGAGGUUGUAAAAUUAGCCAGGAUACAGUAUUUUCAGAAACUGAUGACAAGAAAUGAUUCACAAAUGUGGUUUUUAUACCACAGUCAGGUUGCUGUGCAGGUCUGGAAAGACUUCUUUUAACAUUUCAAUGUACGGACAAGACCAAAAAGCCUGGAAACAUGCCGCAAAGUUUGUCACUGUUUGGAUACACGUAUAUAAAUAUCACAGUGUAUUUGUUGUGAAAACAAAGCUCAAACUAUGGCGUGGUUAUGGCGAAGUCAACAGGCGGGAUCUUCAUAUCCACUCAAGAGACUGAGAUUGGAAAAGUACAAAUAUGAUGGAAAAAAUAUAUACUUGAGCUACAGUUAAGUGGACAAGUAGGUUCAGAAUGGAAAAUCCCCCUUUACCUAAAACCAAGGAAUGUUCCUUUACCCAGAGGUCCCCCAACCCAUGAACACACCUCCCUGCACCCAGCACCAGUCAAAGAAGCCCCCAGCAUAUAGUCCAAACCUAGUUACAGUGCCACACCGAAGACUAUAACAAAAGACUUUGUAAAGACGUUUAAUUCCUCAUCUUUUAAUCAAGUUUCAUGCACUAAUGAAAGUUCAACUUUCACAUUUCUAGAUUAUCUUGUUUCUGUUUUUUUUUUUUUUUCCUGUAUAUUUACACGUAGGACAUGUAGGAUGUCAUGGCUCAUCCAUGUUGUUGAGCUGUUCAUGGAAAACAAAAGAACCAAUAAGAACCAGGCUGACUGAAAUGUCUCUGAGCUU